AUGCCUUCCUACGGAAUCGCUCCCGCCUCGCCCACCCACGGUUUCUUCCCCUCUGGGUCAUCUUCCCCCAAUGCGUUUGGAUCGUUCUAUCAGAACCCUCGGGAGGCCCACAGCAUGUACACCGCGUUCAACCCUUCCUCGUCCUCCCAAAAGCCCCAGGGUCAGCAUUACCAGAGCGGAAAGGGCGGGCUGAAGAGGUUCUUUGGCUUAUGACGCCUUAAUUGGCCCUCACAAAUUCGAGUCAGGAACCGCAGACUUCUUGGCCCAUGUGUGCUUUCUUGAGAGCGAGAACACGAAUACCUCAUUUCACAACGCGCGCCCACCUUCAACUACCUAGGCGCGUCGCCACAUCUCCGGGAAGGUCGCUUUGUCCACACAGGUCUACACCCACACCCUCCUUUUUAUUUUUAUCGUCCUGUCACCUAUCUACCCACACCCAUCCACCUGCAUGCAUUAUCUUAUUCCAAGCAUAGAUCACCUCCUACUGUAUCAAUACCUCUCUUUCUUUUGCCAUGUAUCUUGACCAACAGAAUACCCUUUGCAAGGGUCUGAAUCGAAUUUAAAUCUGAUUACACCAA